AAUGAAGGUGUAAAGCACGGCAACUGUCGUAAAACAGGAACUGUGAAAAGGGGAGGUCGGGGAACCGGAAACGUUCUUUUUUUACGGCCGCUGUGAAGAGGUCACAGAGGGGAUUGGGAGGCACGAGGUCGAGCUCACCGAGCGAUGGAUACCAACAACCACCCCGGCGGCCGGGGCGGACUUGGCAGUAUCUUCGGAGGAUCCCCCGGGUAUUCUCAGUCAGAUCUGGCCGGUGUGCCGUUAACAGGGAUGAGCCCUCUUUCUCCAUACCUAAAUGUUGAUCCAAGAUAUUUAGUACAGGAUACAGAAGAAUUUAUUUUACCAACUGGAGCCAAUAAAACCCGUGGCAGAUUUGAGCUGGCAUUUUUCACAAUUGGAGGCUGCUGUAUGACAGGAGCAGCAUUUGGUGCAGUUAAUGGCCUUCGUCUUGGUCUAAAGGAAACCCAGAGCAUGGUGUGGUCUAAACCGAAGAAUGUUCAGAUUUUGAACAUAGUUACAAGGCAGGGUGCAAUGUGGGCCAACACACUGGGAUCUUUAGCUUUACUCUACAGUGCCUUUGGUGUGAUCAUAGAAAAGUCCAGAGGAGCAGAAGAUGACCUCAAUACUGUAGCUGCUGGUACAAUGACCGGAAUGUUGUACAAAUCUACAGCCGGAUUACGUGGCAUCGCUCGAGGUGGACUUGCUGGUCUAGCACUUACAAGUAUCUAUGCUUUAUAUAACAACUGGGAGCAUAUUAGGGGGUCUUCAACGAGGAUUUCAUUAUAAAUGCCAUUUUGGACAGCACUUUACCCAUCUACAGUCUUUAAAACGAACUGUACAUUGAGUCCUUCUGGAUGUCUAGUUUUGUGAUGGAACCCCGAACUAUAUCAAAGUCCUGAUUUUAGGAUUUUGUCAAUGGUUGAGAAGUCCUAGUGUCCCAUAUAGGGGGCGUAAACGUUGUGUGCACCUCAUCGAAAUGUGACCUGUGCAUAACUAAACAGGAUACAUAGAUUUAAGUUACCGUCAAAUUGUAUUUAAUGAUUCACUAUAUUGCAAUGCUUUGAAUCCUGUACUUUUAAAUUAAAACACAUGUAAAGUGAAAAGUAUGUAUUUUUAUUUUUCCAAUCUGAAGUAUUUAUUGUGCUAUAGCUGUGAUUUAUAUAGUCAUAUUAAAGCUCUGUCCUUUAUUGGUCAUAACUGCUUUGAGUAAA